UUGGUGACGUACAUUAAUCUGUCUAGUGUUAUUUAUCCAUAAUGCUCAUGAGCAAUGUUUUUAAUGCAAAGCAUAACAAGCUUGAUUAUGAAUUGGUUAUACUCAUCUUUGGAUAUUGUUUCAUAUAGUUAGAAUACCAGUUCUGGGUGAGUUUGCUUUUAAUGUCGAGAAUCCGUCUUUGAUAGAUGCCGAUUGAUUCCGAAUGUUAUUUGGUUUAAAAAGGCUGAUCUAACCAGUGACACAUUUCAGUUGCGGAAACAAUAGUCUAGUGUUGAGAUGUCAUCAGUGUGUUUUUAUCUAUAUCUGCUAUGGAUGAUGCUGAUGAUGAGGCUUAACAGCUGUCAGUCUAACCCUAAGCCAGAGUCAGUGUAUAGCCUCGAAUGUAAUGAGAAUCUGUGCGCAGAAUUGAACUAUCCGCUCGACUCGCAAGUGGCAUAUUUUAAAAGUGAAAUCACAAAAAAACUGGGCAAUUAUACGACUUUGGUGUUACACAAUUCCCAGUUGACUCAUUUGCCUUUGAAUGUGUUUAAAUCACUAAAACAAUUGGAGAACUUUGAUGUUUAUGGCUGUCAAGUGCAACAUGUGGCACGGGAAUGCUUUCAGGCAGCUGCAAAUCUUAAAAAAUUACAGUUGGGUGGCAAUUUAAUAAGCCAUCUCGAUGGUGAUACCUUCGCAUUGGCCUCACAACUCGAGGAAUUGGGAUUAGCUGACAAUGAACUUCAGCACUUGCCGGCCAAACUGUUUUCUGGCCUAAGAAAGCUCAGGAAACUUUCGCUGCAAGGCAAUCAACUGCAAAAUCUGCCUGCGGAUGCAUUUACGCAAUUGAAGCAUUUACGUUAUCUCAACUUGGACUACAAUCAGUUGACAAAGUUGCCUGCCAGCUUGUGUGGUAAUCAACAAGAGUUAGAGGACUUCUCAGCUCGUGGCAAUAACUUGCAGCAAAUUGCAGACAAUGCAUUUUCGACUGUGCAACGUCUCAUUCUCUCCGACAAUCCUCAACUGCACACACUCCAUUUCACGGGAGACAUUCGACAGCUGCAGGCAAACAAUUGUGAAUUAAAGAGUCUAAAACUUGAUCAACCUCAGCAGCUGAAACAAUUGCUGCUCAGUAACUCUAAGCUACGCAGCUUGGACUUUCUUCGUAAUGCCAAUAAUCUACUUGAAUUGGAUUUAUCGGGUCUGGAAGAACUGCCAGCAUUGCCAACUCCUUGGCCAGCUAAGCAACUGGAACGUCUAAGUAUCUCGCGAAAUAAAGCUGGAGAUUGGCCUGAGAAAAUGAUAUCACAAAUGCCUCAACUUCAAUAUCUAGAAAUUUUACAAAAUGAUGAGCGCGAGAUAUUUGUAAAAGAUGUAGACAACGAUGAACAUUUAGAUGAUAACGAUUGGUUGUGCGAUGACAAACAGGGAUGUCCAACCGUAGAGGUGGGUGAAGCGGAUGAGUUGCUGUGGACUGGAGAUGGCUUUGAAAAAAUAUCAUAAUUAAUAAUGUUUAGAAAUAAAUGAUGUUAAAAGAAAGACAGU